CUCAAAGCAUCACUUCCUCUGGAAAUCAUUCCUGAUCUGCCCAACUCUUGAGGGUCACAUAUGUCCCUACUGCCAUUUAAGGCUCGGGUUUUGUAUGAUUUUGCUGCUGAACCUGGAAAUAAUGAACUGACAGUUACUGAAGGAGAAAUAAUCACAAUUACAAAUCCGGAUGUUGGUGGAGGAUGGCUGGAAGCAAAAAACAGCAAAGGAGAACGAGGUCUUGUUCCCACAGACUAUGUUGAAAUUUUGUCCAGUGAUGGGAAAGAUCCAUUUUCUUGUGGAAAUUCAGUGGCUGACCAAGCCUUCCUCGAUUCCCUCUCAGCAAGUACAGCUCAGGCUAACGCGUCAGCUGCCAACAGUGACAACCAGGUCAGCAGUGGCAAUGACCCCUGGUCAGCCUGGAGUGCCUCCAAAUCUGGAAACUGGGACAGCACGGAUGGCUGGGGAGCCAAGGCAGAGGGGACUGCAGCCCAGAAAAACACUGCCAAUAAUUGGGACACCACCUUUGGCCAUCCCCAGGCCUACCAAGGACCAGCAACUGGUGACGAUGAUGACUGGGACGAAGACUGGGACGACCCCAAGUCCACAUCUCCCUACUUCAAGGAUUCAGAGGCGGCCGAAGCAGGAGGUGGUCAGCGCGGAAACAGUCGUCCUGGCUCCUCGUCCAUGAAGCUGCCACUUAACAAAUUUCCGGGAUUUGCAAAACCUGGGAUGGAACAGUAUUUGUUGACUAAGCAACUAGCAAAACCCAAAGAGAAAAUUCCUAUCAUUGUUGGAGAUUAUGGCCCGAUGUGGGUUUAUCCUACCUCUACCUUUGACUGUGUGGUAGCAGAUCCCAGGAAAGGCUCCAAAAUGUAUGGGCUGAAGAGCUACAUUGAAUAUCAGCUAACGCCCACUAAUACUAAUCGAUCUGUAAACCACAGGUAUAAGCACUUUGACUGGUUAUAUGAACGUCUCCUGGUUAAGUUUGGAUCAGCCAUUCCAAUCCCUUCUCUUCCAGACAAGCAAGUCACAGGUCGCUUUGAAGAAGAAUUUAUCAAAAUGCGCAUGGAGAGGCUUCAGGCAUGGAUGACCAGGAUGUGUCGGCACCCGGUAAUUUCAGAAAGCGAGGUUUUCCAGCAGUUUCUAAAUUUCCGGGAUGAAAAGGAAUGGAAAACUGGGAAGAGGAAAGCCGAGAAAGAUGAACUGGUGGGAGUUAUGAUAUUUUCCACCAUGGAACCAGAGGCCCCUGACUUGGACCUCAUAGAAAUAGAACAGAAGUGCGAUGCUGUUGGUAAAUUCACCAAGGCCAUGGACGACGGCGUGAAGGAGCUGCUGACCGUGGGGCAGGAGCACUGGAAGCGAUGCACCGGACCACUACCCAAGGAAUAUCAGAAGAUAGGCAAGGCCCUGCAGAGCUUAGCAACAGUGUUCAGUUCCAGUGCUUACCAAGGUGAAACAGAUCUCAAUGAUGCAAUAACAGAAGCAGGAAAGACUUAUGAAGAAAUUGCCAGUCUUGUGGCAGAGCAGCCAAAGAAAGACCUCCAUUUCCUGAUGGAAUGUAAUCAUGAAUAUAAAGGUUUCCUUGGCUGCUUCCCGGACAUUAUCGGCGCUCACAAGGCAGCAAUAGAAAAAGUGAAAGAAAGUGAUAAACUGGUUGCAACGAGCAAAAUCACCCCACAGGACAAACAGAACAUGGUGAAGCGCGUCGGCACCAUGUCUUACGCGUUACAAGCGGAGAUGAAUCACUUCCACAGUAACCGGAUCUAUGACUACAACAGCGUCAUCCGCCUGUACCUGGAGCAGCAGGUACAGUUCUAUGAAACGAUUGCAGAAAAGCUGAGGCAGGCCCUCGGCCGCUUCCCUGUGAUGUAGACGGAACGGAACAUGAAGAAACUCCCAAGUGCUUCUCUCUGACCUGGGGCAAUGCAGUCUAAUCCCCCAUCAUCCAAAAAUCAACACCAAGAGAAACAGUUGCAAAAAACUACACUUUACUCACCUAAACGCAUCAGUUAUAUAGUCUUCUUUUGUUCAUUUCUACAGCCAUUAUUUAAACCAGUGGAAAUUGUCUCUAUUUUUGGAAAGUAUUUAAAAUUACCAGAAUUUUGAAUGGAAAAUUAGAGGUUUCCCCACUUAUAUUUUACAUAAAUUUGUAAUUUUUAAGCCCACAAUCUUCCAGUUCUUACCCAAGGCCAGAUGGUUACUAAUUGCUUUCUUAAAAAUAUGGAAUAUGCCAGAAUAAAAAAAUAUGUUUGUAUAUA